AACAGGCCCUGGCGACCGACACCCAAGACACCAGCAAGAGGCCCGCCCGCUCCCCGCCGCUCGACUUUCUCGGCCAUCGCCCUCCCGCACUGCGAGCCUCGCCGCAAUGACAAAAGAGUCCCGAAGAAUCAGCGCCCUCAUGACGCUGCCCGCAGCCGAGCCAGACUCGUACUUCGAGGAAACCGCGCCGCCAAGGACCCUGAGCGACCUCGAGGAUAAAGUUGCCAAAUUCAUCCAGAUCCAUCGACUGAUCCCGGGCCGCAAAGUUGUCCUGGUCACCUCUGGAGGAACCACGGUCCCGCUGGAGACCCAGACGGUGCGGUUCCUGGACAACUUCAGCGCCGGAACCCGAGGCGCAACCUCGGCCGAAUAUUUCCUUGCGGCCGGAUACGCCGUUAUCUUUUUCCACCGCCAGUUCAGUCUCCAGCCCUACAGCCGCCACUACUCGCACUCCACGAAUUGUUUCCUGGACUUUAUGGACGUCAAUGAAAGCGGGGAUUUGACUGUCAACCACAAGUACACCAGCAAGAUGAAGCAGGUUCUGAUGCAGUACCGCAAGGCCAAAGAGGAAUCGCUGCUGCUGAUGAUCAACUUUACAACCGUGCGCGAGUAUCUGUUUGGGCUGAGGUCCAUUACCCGUAUCAUGGCGCCGCUGCGACACAACGCCAUGUUUUACCUGGCCGCUGCCGUCAGUGACUUUUUCAUUCCGGAAAACAAGAUGGUUGAGCACAAGAUCCAGUCCAGCGGCGGCGGGCUAUCUCUGGAGCUCGAGCAAGUGCCCAAGAUCAUUAGACCGCUCGUGAAGGAGUGGGCACCGGAAGGCUUCAUCAUCUCGUUCAAGCUCGAAACCGACCCGUCGCUCUUGUCGGAAAAAGCCACCAAGUCGCUCAACACGUAUGGUCACCAGGUCGUCAUCGGAAACAUCCUUACGACUCGCAAGCGGAUCGUUACGCUGUUCUUCCGGCCCGAAGACGCACCUGGGCCCCUGGACAUUGUCAUGAGCGAUGAGGAGCUGAAGCAGGAGCAAGAGAUCGAGAUGAAGAUCAUUCCGGAGCUGGUCCACUGCCACGACGCGUGGAUUACCAAAUCGCAGGCUUUCUCGAAUUGAACAUGCGCCGCGACCAGAUUCGAUGAACCGCCAGCAAUGAAUUGCCAUCGCGGGGUUGCAUACCGCUGGCGAAACUAAAAAGUUGGUGAUACAACACUAGAUUAUGUCCGAGUCCGAUACGCCGCCUCUGCCGGGCAGCGCUGAUCCGCAAAAGCGAAACUGUGAGCUGAGCACGAGCAGUGGCGAUGGAUGCCCGUC